GGUGCUCUCGUAGCGGUGUUCUCAACGCUACGAACUGAUUUCUCGGGGAUAAAAGGUGGAGGAUUCAGUGGAUGGCUCCCGCAGUUCGCUCAGAUGAUUCUCGCGUCAUCGAAGCCGCAUCGCGCUCAUCGUUCUGAGAUAUAAUUUAAAGCGAGAAUUUUUCUACAAUCAUGGAUGACUCAGUCGAAGUCGAGGUUCUGCUACAGUUUUUGUGGGCGCACGUGGAGCUCGUGUCAAACCUGUCGCGGAUGUGUCCUUUACCCUUCGAAUCAAUUUUAUACGUGUGCGCCCUCUUCGACCGAACGACAGUCUUAGAAAUCGUUUCCCUCGUGAUGGUGAUAGCAUCUUGUCUACUGUUAAUUCGUCAUCCGGAGUGUCAUUCGUAUAUACGCGAGAGCUUCCGGCUACUACCAGGCGCAUUGAGGAACUUACGCCUAAAAGUUCAAGUUUGUGAAGUCAGUCCAUCGUUGCCUCCAAUACAACGGGUCUCGGGUGUCGAAUGGUCCGCCGAUGACACACUCGCUGAAGUAUACGCUAUGCAAGGGAAUCGUGCGCAUAUGGAGGACCGAUUCAGCAUGAUGUCCGUUCCGGAGAAGCACCUCUACCUCUACGGAAUAUUCGACGGUCACGGCGGAGAGACCGCUGCGGAAUACGCCCAAAAGAAGCUGUUCCCAGCAAUCGUCGAUCGAAUCCGUAAACCUCGAUCCGACAUCGAGAUUAUACAAAUUCAGGACACGCUACGGCAGGAGAUCCUCAAACUCGACGAAAACUUCGUGAAAGAGUCUAAAAAGAGCAAAAAUUAUUCGGGCACGACUUGUCUAGUAGCUGUUGUAUUCAGAGACACGCUCAUCGUGGCCAACGUGGGCGACUCACGAGGCGUGAUGGCGACGGACAACGGCCGGACCGUCCCGUUGUCUUUCGACCACAAACCGCAGCAGCUGAAGGAGAGGAAGCGUAUUGAGGACGCUGGUGGUUUCAUUUCAUUCAAUGGCGUUUGGCGCGUGGCGGGAAUUCUCGCCACAUCGAGAGCCUUGGGAGACUACCCUCUCAAAGAUCGUAAUUUGGUCACCGCCGAGCCAGACAUCCUGACAUUCAACUUGGCCCAGCAGAAGAGCGCCUUCGUAAUUUUGGCUUCAGACGGUCUCUGGGACGCUUUCGAUAAUGAAAAUGCCGUCACCUUCAUCCGGGAACGCUACGGCAGCUCCAGAUCGCCGGGCGUCUGCAAGGAGUUGGCGAAGCGGGCGAACCUGAAAGGCUCACAGGACAACAUCACCGUCCUCCUGAUUGAUUUCGCGAAGUAUUCCCUUCUCCAACAAGCUCCCGAUCAAGUGAAAGAUGACCGGUAGCUCCCGAUUACCGAGGAGUGCAAAGGGUCCUCCACUUGAUCCAGCAAACUGAGCAAAAAAUCUCAUGUAGAAACUUGGGGGUUUCGCACGGGAAUAACUUUGAAAGUCGAAGUCCGAUUCCUGUUCCGUCCACAUGACUUUCCGGAUGGCAUACUUUGUACACAAUUCAAAUAAUAAACUAAAGAUAUUUUUGU